AUGAAGAUUCCACCGUUCCAUGGCCGGAACAAUCCAGACGAGUACAUGGAUUGGGAAAAGAAGUGCGAGUUCAAUUUCAACUUGCACAACAUCAUUGGAGACAACCGUGUCAAGCUAGCCGUCUCGGAGUUCAACGAUUAUGCGUUGAGAUGGUGGGAACAAAUCAUUUUGGCUCGCGAGAUUGGUGGUGCCUUUGAGGUUACCACUUGGGAAGAAAUGAAGCGCAUCAUGAGGCAGCGAUUUGUCCCUGGCCAUUACCAACGUGAGCUACACUCCAAGCUCAGGAAGCUUACUCAGGGUCCAAGUCUGUGGAAGAAUAUUAUCAAGAGAUGGAGAGGAGAAGCUCCACUCGAUUCAAUACAGAGCCGCGCCGACCAACCUUUCACCGCGACUCAAGUCCUUCGCGCCCAAGUCAGAAACAAACCUCUGGCUACUAAUCAAGACAGGAGCCGGACUGAGCGCACUCCACCAGCCAGAACCCGUGAUCUCAAGUGCUUUAGGUGUCAAGGGUUUGGGCAUUAUGCCUCUGAUUGCUUGAACAAGAAAGUGAUGAUCAUCCGCGACAAUGGAGAGAUUGAGUCCGAGGAGGAUCCAGAGCCGGAGAAACCAGAGGAGAAGAAGAACCUGAGGAGUAUGAGGCUGUGCCUGUCCAAGGCAAACUCUGGUAGCAAGGCGUGUCUUGAGUACUCAAGUCAGACUGACAAGGAUGAGCAGCGCGAGAACCUCUUUCACACUCGUGCUUAG